AUGUGCCAUCCUGACAAGCCUUUUACUUCUGAUAAGCUCCGAUGUGUGUUUAAUGAAUACAAAGCCGCGGUCUGGGUGCCGCCUCGGCUGCGGCCGCUCUCCUGCGCUCCUUUGCCAGAAGAUCGGACUGAGAAGCACUCCACGAUGCCAGACUCACCUGUGGAUGUGAAGACCCCGUCUAGGCUGACUCCUCCCACCAUGCCACCUCCCCCCACAACUCAAGGAGCUCCGAGAACCAGUUCAUUUACACCGACGACUCUAACUAAUGGCACGAGCCAUUCACCCACAGCCUUGAAUGGCGCCCCCUCGCCGCCCAAUGGCUUUAGCAAUGGGCCCUCCUCUUCUUCCUCUUCUUCUCUGGCUAAUCAACAGCUGCCCCCAGCCUGUGGCGCCAGGCAGCUCAGUAAGCUGAAACGGUUCCUUACUACCCUGCAGCAGUUUGGCAAUGACAUUUCUCCAGAGAUAGGAGAAAGAGUCCGCACCCUCGUACUAGGACUGGUGAACUCUACUUUGACAAUUGAAGAAUUUCAUUCCAAACUGCAAGAAGCUACUAACUUCCCACUGCGACCUUUUGUCAUCCCAUUUCUGAAGGCCAACUUGCCCCUGCUGCAGCGCGAACUCCUGCACUGCGCAAGGCUGGCCAAACAGAACCCUGCCCAGUACCUCGCCCAGCAUGAACAGCUGCUUCUGGAUGCCAGCACCACCUCACCUGUUGACUCCUCAGAGCUGCUUCUCGAUGUGAACGAAAACGGGAAGAGGCGAACUCCAGACAGAACCAAAGAAAAUGGCUUUGACAGAGAGCCUUUGCACUCAGAACAUCCAAGCAAGCGACCAUGCACUAUUAGCCCAGGCCAACGGUACAGUCCAAAUAACGGCUUAUCCUACCAGCCCAAUGGCCUGCCUCACCCCACCCCACCUCCACCUCAGCAUUACCGUUUGGAUGAUAUGGCCAUUGCCCACCACUACAGGGACUCCUAUCGACACCCCAGCCACAGGGACCUCAGGGACAGAAACAGACCUAUGGGGUUGCAUGGCACACGUCAAGAAGAAAUGAUUGAUCACAGACUAACAGACAGAGAAUGGGCAGAGGAAUGGAAACAUCUUGACCAUCUGUUGAACUGCAUCAUGGACAUGGUGGAGAAGACGCGGCGGUCCCUCACUGUACUGCGGCGGUGUCAGGAGGCUGACCGCGAGGAGCUGAAUUACUGGAUCCGGCGCUACAGCGACGCCGAGGACUUGAAGAAAGGCGGCGGCGGCGGCGGCGGCGGCCACUCCCGGCAGCAGAGUCCCGUCAACCCGGACCCGGUCGCGCUAGAUGCGCAUCGGGAAUUCCUUCACAGGCCUGCUUCUGGAUACGUGCCAGAGGAGAUCUGGAAGAAAGCUGAGGAGGCGGUCAACGAGGUGAAGCGCCAGGCGAUGACCGAGCUGCAGAAGGCCGUGUCGGAGGCCGAGCGGAAAGCCCAUGACAUGAUCACAACCGAGCGUGCCAAGAUGGAGCGCACGGUGGCAGAGGCCAAGCGGCAGGCGGCAGAGGACGCACUGGCCGUCAUCAAUCAGCAGGAGGAUUCGAGCGAGAGUUGCUGGAAUUGCGGCCGCAAAGCAAGUGAAACCUGCAGCGGCUGUAACACGGCCCGGUACUGUGGCUCGUUCUGCCAGCACAAAGACUGGGAGAAGCACCACCACAUCUGCGGACAGACCCUGCAGGCGCAGCAGCAGGGGGACACGCCCGCGGUCAGCUCCUCCGUCACGCCCAACAGCGGGGCCGGGAGCCCCAUGGACACACCACCAGCAGCCACCCCGAGGUCGACCACCCCGGGGACCCCUUCGACCAUAGAGACAACCCCUCGCUAGACGUGAACUCAGAACUGUCCAAGGAAAGACAACACAACCGACAUGAAACCAAUUCCUCAUCCUCAGAUGCUCAAAGUUGUUUUUUUGUUUGUUUAUAGAUGAACUAUCCUAUUUCAGUACUUAAACAAGAGAGAACCUAACUGUAUCUUGAGGCAGUAGUAAAACCAGAGGGCCAGUAACGGGUCGUAAUGACUUAUUGUGGAUAACAAAGAUAUCUUUUCCUUAGAGAACUGAAAAGAGAGCAGAGAAUAUAACAUGAAAUGAUAGAUUUGACCUCCUCCCUGUUAUUUUCCAGUAGCUGGGAUUUUAAACUAGGUGACCUCAUUAACCGAUGCUUUACCAAACAGCAAACCAAGAGAUUGCUAAUUGCUGUUGAAAGCAAAAAUGCUAAUAUUAAAGUCACAAUGUUCUUUAUAUACAAUAAUGGAAAAAAAAAAAGGAACACCCUCAAGGGCAUGAGCAUUGGCUACAGCGGUAGACAUUUUAACAAGAAGAUGAAUGGCGUCCGUGGGUUGCUAACUGAACUUUGAAGACCCGCUACAAAACGCGCAGAUGUGUAGCAUAUUGGAAGGAGACACAGAUGUUCGUUUUUUUUUUUUUUCCUGUUUCUGAAAAGAAAUAAUAAUAUCCAGGUCAACAGAAUGAAAAA